AUGCAGUCCAUUUGCUUUAACGCAAUCUACAACGCCUCCAAUAAUUGCGUCCUAAGCUCCCCAACUGGUUCUGGUAAAACAGUUUUGUUUGAAUUGGCGAUACUUCGUGAAUUUUCCAAUACUUCCAAUCCCAAUGAAGUAAAAGCACUAUAUCUUGCGCCGACAAAAGCAUUAUGUAAUGAAAAACACCUUGAGUGGUCAAAGAAGCUUGCCCAUAUAGGUAUAACUGUAGGAAUGCUAACUGGAGACACCUCCUAUAAGGAAGCUGAGAAUGUACGGAAAUCAAAAGUGAUCAUUUCAACUCCAGAAAAAUGGGAUAUAGUAACAAGAAAAUGGAGAGAUUACAAGAAACUUUUUGGAUUUGUGAAAUUGCUUUUGGUUGAUGAAGUUCACGUUUUAAGGGAAUCUCGCGGAGCAACAUUGGAAGUGGUUAUCACUAGAAUGAAGAAAAUAUGUGAAAAAUUGCGGGUAUUGGCUAUUUCUGCAACAAUUGCCAACGCACAUGAUAUUUCUAAAUGGAUUGGACGCAGCUAUGAAAGUAAUGAUUCGGCCGUUACCUUUACCUUCAAUGACUCUUAUCGAGCGGUAAACUUGCGGCAACUCGUUUAUGGCUUCAAAUCAAGUAAUGAGAAUGUUUUCUUAUUUGAUAUUCUAUUGAACUCCAAGUUAACGGAGGUGAUCAACAGGCAUUCAAAUAAUAAACCAGUUCUCAUUUUCUGUUGUACAAGGAGUAGUUGCCAAUUUACUGCCAAGUUUUUAGCUGAAAAUUAUAGCACGUCGAGAGGAGUUCUUUUGAAAUUGAAAGAUAAAGAUCUUUGCUCCUACGCCAAAUGUGGUAUUGGUUAUCAUCAUGCUGGUCUUACAUUUGGCGAUCGCAAACAAAUAGAGUUGUCAUUUUUGAAUGGGAAAAUCAAGUAUCUUUGCUGUACGUCUACUCUCGCUGUUGGUAUCAAUCUUCCCGCUUAUCUAGUCAUUAUCAAGGGAACAAAAUGUUGGAGUGAUAAGGGGUUCCAAGAGUACACUGAAACGGAUAUUUUACAAAUGAUGGGAAGAGCAGGGAGACCACAGUUUGAAAAUGAAGGCGUGGCUGUGAUAAUGACCGAUUCUACACUGAAGCAAAAGUAUGAAAAAAUAGUUAAAGGCACAGAAAUAGUAGAAAGUAGUUUACAUUUGAAUUUUCCAGAACAUCUAGUUGCUGAAAUAGCAGCGGGGAAUAUAAAGAGCGUUGAUGACGCUCUAUCAUGGGUUAAAAGAACUUAUUUUUACGUGAGGUUUCUUUCCAAUCCUUCAUAUUAUGAUAUUCCUAAAAAGAGCACUGGUCUUGAGAAUUGCUUGCUUGAGUUUUGCAAAGAUCACGCAUUUAGUUUAGUAAAGGAGAAGUUAAUCUCAGAAAACUAUGUUUGCACUGCAUACGGCUACUCCAUGACGAUGCAUUAUAUAUGUUUCGAUACGAUGAAAUCACUAAUCAAAGCAAAAAGUCAGUUAACAAUUGCCGAGUUAUUGGAUAUUUUGUCAAGAGCUAAAGAGUUUUCCGAUAUCAAGUUGAAACAUCAAGAAAAGAGAUUUUACAAAGAAAUCAACAAUUCUUCACUAUUACGAUAUCCCUGUAGUAAUCUGAAGAAUAUGGAGCAUAGCGACAAAAUCAAAAUCAUUAUACAAUUUGAACUAGGAGGCAUGGAGCUUCCUAAUUAUAGUGGAGCAAUGAAAUUACAUUCGGCUUUUUUAGGUGACAAGUUUUACACUUUCAAACACGUUGCACGUAUUAUGACGGCGAUUUUAGAUGUAUUUGUGGAAAGACGAGAUGCCAUAUCGUUGAAAAAUCUGAGCUACUUAAUGCGUUGUAUUCAAGGACGAUGCUGGGAAGGAACACCAAACGAACUUCGACAAUUGGAGGGUGUUGGGCCUGCUGGAGUCAAAAAAUUUGUGAGUCACAAUAUCUUGUGUAUAGAGGAUGCCAAGUGCUUAAGUGAUACCCAAAUUGAAUAUUUCUUAGCACAAAAACCAGGUGCCGGCACAAAGGUGAAAAGAAGUAUACUGUGCAUACCAAUUUUGGACCUUGAUAUUAAGCUACGAAGCCAACAUCUUCUGGAACUUUUGUGUAAUGCGAUAAAGUGCGUUUUCGAAGUCACUGUUGCUGUAAGCACCCCCUCAACUAUCUGGAAGAAUCAAAUGAUGUUUGUUCAAAUUAUAAGCGAGAUUGGGGGGCGUUUGAUUGAUUUUAGAAGAAUUCCUGUCAAAAAGUUGGCGGGCUCUAAAACAUUUACCGUCACUUCAUCAAUAAGUACUUUAGCACAAACUUUUACAUGCCAAGCAUCAGUGGAGACUUUUGCUGGCAUGCUAAUAAGUCGCAGUUUUUGCAUUGAAACUUCUCCAGAAAUCAAGAAAAGAUUUGUAGAAGAAGUCAUUGAUGAUUUUGAGUUUAGCCAGCUGCAGAACGAGGAGGAAGAGGAGGAAGAGGAAGAGGAGGAAGAGGAAGAGGAGGAAGAGGAGGAGGGGGAAGAGGAGGAGGGGGAAGAGGAGGAAGAGGUGGAUGAUAAAAAGGACCUUCGGUCUCAACAAUUCAACCGAGGUAAAAAGUGGGAAGAAGUAGAAGUGAAGAAGGAGCAAAAUAUGAUGAAACAAAACUUGGUUCCUUCAGAACGUGCAAUGCUCUCUAAUGGAAAUUAUCAAUGUAAACAUAAUUGCAAAGAUAAAACAGGGUGUCGACAUUUAUGUUGCAAAGAAGGAGUACCUGCCGACUCUGUUCAAAUCAAAAAGGCGGCUCCUUCUUUGUUGGUGCAAAAUGGAAGUCAAAUAAUUGCAAUGGAGAGUGAUGAAUCAAACACAAAAAAGAAGAAGAAGAAGAAGAAGGAGGAAAACAAAAUACGCACAGUAGUGAAAACGAGUUCUAAUGCAAAUCACAACGCAGAAACAAUCGGUGGUUCGAAUGAAGAUAGUGGAGAGGAGAAGGAGGAGGAGAAUUGCAAAUUGAAUUCUGGAAAACUGGAUUUAUACGCAACAACUUUGACAACUCUUCUGUUGAGAUGUAAAGGAAACUUAAAGAAUAACGAAUCGCAAAGCUCAAACAACUCUGCCGUUUUCAAAAACAAAGUUUUACGUAAAAAGCGGUCGAUUUUUGAUAUAAGCUCGGACGAGGAAUGUGACUUUUUUACCCCAAGCAAGCGUACAACAAUAUUCAGUCCUGAAAAAUUAGUCAAGCGUAAACUUUUUGAAAUUUGA